AUGGAUCUCGCCGUUACUCUCAUAAAGUCCGUGUUGAGAGCUUUCUAUCCGACACGCGACAUAUUGGUCAUGGAUGCCCUCAUUCUUCACGAAGCCCUCCGCGAUGACGAUCUGGCAUAUCUCAUGGCUAUAAACACGAAAGAUCUGCAUAAGAUAUGCGGUAAAUUACGAGAAGAUCGCUUCUUAACAGUACACACAAGAUCCGAGCUGCGCGACGGCAACCCUCGGCCAAGUAACCGCACAUGGUAUUAUAUCAACUAUCGACAUACGAUCGAUGCGAUCAAGUGGCGAGUAUACACGAUCGACAAAGAAGUUCAAGGGGCGCCAGUGCCAGCGAAUGAGAAGAAGGAAUAUUUUUGCAGUUUUUGCAAGGCCGAGUGGACUGCUAUGGAAGUUCUUGACAGUGUUGGGCCAAAUGGCUUCUUAUGUCAUCGAUGCCACCAUACUCUCACUUUCGAGGCGGACCGAACUUCCACUGGGCAUGAGCAGUCCACUCGAUUAAAUGAUCAAUUCAAAUUUAUAAGCGAGAUUUUGCCGAAGAUCGACGCAGUUCAUAUUCCCGAAUGCGACUUUGACCGAGCUUUGGCCAAGGCCCGCCCUGUCGUUCGUGAUGCUACACAUCAGCGGGCAGCUACCAUUGCGGUCGAGAGUGGUCCAAACCGUCCUAUGGCUGUCAAAGGACUCACCAAUACUGGCCCUCAAUCUAUCGCAGUAAAUAUUUCAACGUCAGAUGGUCCAUCCGCUGCAGAGAAGGAAGCCGAAAAGGCCCGAAAGGAAAAGAUUGCCCAGCAGAAUGCGCUCCCCUCGUGGAUGUCGAAUAGUACUGUUACUGGCGAAUCCUUCUCCGGAACACUUAGCGACGGGCUGAUUUCGCUCAAACAGGAUGACGAAAACAACACCGCAUCAAAAGGCAAGAAGGUGGACGCAAACACUUCUGCGAAAAUUGAUGAUAUAUUCGAAAAGCUCAAGGCUGAGCAAGCUGCAGAGAUGGCUAAAGGAGUCAUACCUGGCGGGAAUGGCGAAGAUUUUGACUCGGAAGAGGAAGAUGGGGAUGAAGACGAAUUCGAAGACGUUCCUGCAACUGGAAAUACAUCCAGUCUAGGCACGCCAAGUACCGCCGCCGUCAAGCGUGAGGUUUCUACUAUACUGUCACGAGAUGGAGAUAGUGCGGAUGAAAGAGCAGCCAAGAAGGUCAAAGUCGAACAAGAAACUAAGAAAGAGUCUGAGGGGCCUGAAGGCGAUGACGAUACCGGGGAUGAGGAUGAGGACAUGGAAUUUGAAGAUAUUUGA